CUUGUUGUUUAGUGAACGUGAAAGUGAAAAUAAUAUAUUUUUCCACGUCAUCAUCAUUGGUAUUACACGAUCGAUCUUUUCCUCUCUCUUGCCUCCCUCAGCUUCUCGAUCCACCGCAAUGUCACGGCGGCUGCGAAUUUCAUUUCGACGGAAAGACAGAAUCAGUGAUCUGCCGGACACACUUCUUCAUGAAAUUCUGUCAUUCCUUCCGACGAAAGACGCAGCGGCCACAACCAUUCUCUCAAAGAGGUGGAAUCCACUCUUCCUCUCGCAGCUGAUGCUCCGAUUCGAUGACCACUCCUUUACAGACCAUUUCGCCUUUCGUAAAUUCUUCUACUCCUUCAUGAGCAUGCGGGAUAAGAGUCUACCCAUCCUCUCGUUCCAGCUUAAUUGUCGCUAUAGCUUCAUAGACAAGAACGAUUUCAACAAUUUGGUUUAUGCUGCAAUUACUUCAGGAGUUGAAAACCUAAGCAUAAAUCUCUGCCAUCUUAACGAAACCACACUGCCUUCUUUCAUUCUAACUAGCAAAACCUUGACAUCCCUCAAAUUGAAGAGGGUAACAUUGAACGAAGUUCCUUUCGUUGAUCUUCCCUCACUAAAAGUCCUUCACUUAGAAUCUGUCACUUUCACAUGUCCUGAGUACUUGAUGAAACUUCUAUCUAGUUGUCCCAUUCUAGAGAAGUUGGAAGCAAAUGAUUCAAUAACUACGACUUUCUUUAAGGUGAUUGGUAGAGAUAGAGGAGAGUUUAUAAAGUGCCGUUACUCCGAAACCAUACUGCCUUCUUUCAUCCUAACUACCAAAACCCUGACCCAACUCAAAUUGAAGAGGAUAACAUUGAACCAAGUUCCUUUCGUUGAUCUUCCCUUGCUAAAAGUCCUUCACUUAGAAUCUGUCAGUUUCACAUAUUAUUGGUACAUCACGACACUUCUAUCUGGUUGUCCCGUUCUAGAGGAGUUGGAAGCAAAGGAUGUAAUAGUUACGAGACGUUGUAUGGUGAUUCGUACAGGUAGAGAGGUUCUAAACCUAUCCAAUUUGGUCAGAGCUAACAUUUCCAAUGGUUUACUUGAGUUUGAUUGGCUUUAUAACGUGAAUCUUCUCCGCAUACAAGAGACUGUCCCCGUUUAUUUACACGGCAUGUUUCCCAACUUAACCCACCUUGAGCUUAUAUUCAACUUUAUGCCCAUAUUCGCCUCUUUGAAGUGGAACUGUCUAAUGAAACAACUGCUUCCAAAUUUCCCCAAGCUUCAAACUCUUAUCAUUCGUGAGGCUGAUACGGUCACCAAUAGCGGAGACAAAGAUUGGGAGGACCCAACAAUUGUUCCAGAAUGCCUUUUAUCUCAUCUUACAACAUGCUCCCUUCGAAAUUAUAGUCGCAUCAAUUGUGAGUUUCAAUUUGCUAACUAUAUCAUCCGGAAUUCAAGAGUACUAAGCACCAUGAUAAUUCAGAGUGCAGAAUCCGUAGAGACAAAUACAAAGCACCAAAUGUUCAUGGAGUUGUCAUCUUUGUGCCCAAGGAUUUCAGCCACCACAUGUCAACUUUUAUUUAUUUGAACGAUAUUGCGUGCAAUAGCAGCAGCCUUAAGCUUGUCACCAAUAAAUCUGAGACUCUAUUCAUUCUCGAUCUUGAGAUUGUUUGUUUGCGUACAAUAACUUAUCCUUUAAUUUUUACAAUAUAUGCAAAAUCAUGUUAUGAUUUUUUGGAAACGAAGUGUGCUUGUGGGUGUGUUUGGGAUAGGUUGAAAGUUGCACAUGUAAGAUUAUUGGUAGAUAGCGUAAGUAGAAAGAUGUAAAUUUGUCCGGAAGGAAUGCUUUUGUAUUUAUGUAGAUAUUAGUUAUUUUCCUUUUUACAAGACAACCAUUUGUAUCGCAUAAAGUUAUUUCUGUAGACAUAUGCAACCAACGCUAUUGCUGUACAUAUCAGCUUGCCUCCUAGGGAACAUCACAUAUCUGUAAUCUGGCUCAAAAUCCCAACCAAAGCAGAAGGUAAGAUCAGGUACUACACCAAGGUUGUCUCUUAGGAGCAGUCUAAGUAACUUGUUGAAAGAGGUUUUUCAUGGGUUCCAAAAUAUGCCAUUGAAGAAACUGCUCCAAAAGAUGUUUACAGGAAAAGAAAAAGUUGCAGACCGUCUCCCUCUGAUAGAGUUGCUCGGGAAACAAUGACUGGAGUUCAAGAGGACCGUAUUUCACCUUUUUCAGCAGAUGAGAAAGAACAAGUCUGUCGUGGAAUUUCUUCAAAAAAAAAGUCUGUCGUGGAAUGGAUAUGCUUACAGCCGCUAAAAGACGAAAGCAUCCGAUUCAUCUCAGAUAUAAAAUUUUCCCUCACACUACUCUGUUCAAGGCAUUGCUUGCUUUGUGUUCUGAUGAAUCAGUUUCCUCUAAGGUUGCCCUUGAUUUAUCCAUUAAUCAAAUUAAGAUUGCCUUGUGUUCUCAAUAGAGGCCUGAUAAUGCAUCAAUGGAAGCAAUUGGCCAAUUAGGCGAGCAUAUCAUACCACAGAAACAUUUGUCUAAGUAUAUAAUGGGAAUCAAGUAACUUAUUGAUUACGAUAUAUGUCACUGGUUAAUAAUGACAUGACUUAAGGAACAUGUGUGUUUGUUUACUUGCACAGGAAAGUCGACGACAUCACUAACAAAGUACAAAUCCACUUGAUAUGAAACAUCUUAGAAGGAAGGUUUCAAAUCCCAAGUCAGCCAGGAGAUCAAGGCGGAGAAAACAAGCGCAUUUGUUUGAACUUGAGUCUCAGUUUACGGAUGCUAGUCAACAAUUUCACGAGGCUGAUACAAAUAACCAAGUGCUAAAAUCAGAUGUAGAAGCUUUGAGAGCUAAGGUAUACGGAGAGCUUAUGUUAUAGUUAUGUUAGGUGAAGUUAGUCAAGCAUAUAGUCACUAGAAGCUCUUUCAUCACAUCGCUAAACAAUCAGUUUCUUCAUAAUCAAUGUCAAAUGAGCACACCGCCACAACUCAACACGACUACUAGUAUUCGCUGCAUGCCACAUGUUUCACCAACCAUCAAUGUCCAGCAGGGAAAUAGUGCCUGAUACAAUGGAGUCACGGUUGGCGAACACAAUUUAAAUCUUGUUGGGUUUGGAGUCCUAAGCAAUGCUAUGAGUUGUGUAACUAUUUGGCCUUAAGGGUUUCACUUGAUCAAAUUUUAUAUUUAGUAGUAGUAGUACUACUUGGGACUGGACAGUUGAAACAUAAAAUAAACAUGCAUGACAUGUAUACUAAAUGGGAUUCGUCUGCAAUAUUGCAUCAAGACUGUAAUCAGAUGAUGAAAAAAAAACUUGUCAAGGAAUGAACAGACUGGUAAAGUACUAUCCCAUCAUCAAUUCAAACUCACCGGAAUCAACUUUUCCACAUAAGCUCAAAACAACAACCUUAACCAUCCUUUCAAUUGUAUUCAUAUCCCAACCUUUAUCCAAACCCAAGCAAUCAGGCACUCUCUUCAACUCCAUUGCAUCUAUAUAUCCAUCACCAUCCUCAUCAAAUAUUUUGAAAGCUUCAAGCAAUAACUCACUUCUCUUUGACAUAUCUUCCAAUUCACCAAGCACCUCUUCAACAACCACUUCUUCUUCAUCAUCAUCUUGAAAAGCCUUGUUUUCUUUGUGAUCAGAACCAUAGAUCAAACCAAGCUUCUCCACCACUUGCCUAGCAUUUUCCUUCUUGAUUCUUCCAUUUCUUUCCAUUCCAAAGACAGUAACGAGAGCUCGAAUCAUCCUUUUGUCGAGCUUGAGCAUAUUCUGUUGAUGAUUUUGAUCAAGGUGAUCACGAUGAGGCACUGAGUUUCCUGGUGAGUUUUUGAAUGCUUGUAAAAAUUCAACUACAAAUUUGGAGAAUGCUUCUGUUAUACCCAUUUGAACCUUAAUAGACCAAAAACACUAUGAUAUAACUCUUGAAUAUUACUUUAUUAUUUGACAAAAAUAAUAUUGGAAGAAAACAAGUGAGUAAUAGAAAGCACAGUGGAAGAUUUUGUUUCUAUGCUCAAACUAGUGUGACACUUCUUUUAUAGUUGGAUCAUUUGUAUUAUGCCCUUGGUUUCAAUUGUAAAUCACUCAAGUGCCACUGUUUGUUGCAAUUAUCAAUUAAUAAAUGUUAAUAAUUGUAUGCAA